AUGGUUUUCAGGAAGAUGUUGGGUAAUGUUAAAUUCUCUGGUUCCAUGGUGGAUGAUAGAACCCAACUUGAUAACGCGAGGUUGACUGAGCUUCAGUUCAUUCGACAAGUUCCAAUCCAGCCUGGCACUGCCAUUGCCGCUGGAAACUAUGUGGCAAACGAGCAGCCACAUACGGCUAGUCGCCCUAUCAAACGGUUGAGGGAAGGUGAACUUGUAAAUGCACCCCAAAAGCUUCGGGUUUCUCUGCAUCAUAAUGAUAAUCAAGACAAACACGGCCAUAUUGGAGCUUCUCCGAAUGCGAAUCUCAUGUCAACUGGGCUUAAACUUUUUUCUGAGAAAAAAGAGCUUAGUUCAUCUGUUAGUUCUACGUACGAAAAUAUAAGAAAUGCCCUUCCAGGUGUUCUUUCACUUGGUAAUUCUAUUACAAUGGAGAUUGAUCGGCAGACGGAAGAAUUCUGCCAAUACAUCAAACUUCAGGAAGAGAACAUCUUGAAAGGCGGACAAGACUUAUAUCAGAGGCAAAUGAUUUCCCUGUUCAACGCCUUGGAAAAGGCUGCCGGCAAGAAACUGCACGAGAAGGAGCUUCAAAUAGACAACAUUAACCGCAAGAACAAGGAGUUGGAGGAUAGAAUAAAGCAAGUCACCAUAGAAGCACAUUCGUGGCACAACAAAGCAAAGUACAACGAGUCGAUCGCCAAUGUAUUGAAAAACAAUAUUCAUCAGCUCAUGGCACAAGGCACGAAUGCCCAUAAUCGUGAAGGCUUUGGGGAUAGUGAGGUGGAUGAUGCCAUCUCUUGCAUGAAACCUCCAGAAACUGUUGGUGACUGUGGCGAAAAACGGGAAUUAGAAAAUAAACGGCUAAAAUGCAGAGCCUGCAAGAGUAGACAGGUCAGCGUUUUGUUGUUCCCUUGCCGGCAUUUGUGCCUGUGCAUGGACUGUGAGGGACUCGUGGAUGCUUGCCCCGUUUGCCAGGUGAUGAAAACUUCUAGUUUUCUUGUGUACAUGUGA